AUGAAACUUUUCAAUCCCUGUGGUCCAUUCUUGAGGGGCGAGUUCCGAGGGAAUCCCUACGGAGCGCAGUACCCAUUGUGUCCUGCGAAGGCGAAUGCAUUCCUCUAUUUCAUCAUGAAGCUUUCUCAGCAUCGAGUGGAGUUCCGGCAAGCGGCGGAUCCUAUCGACUCAAACUAUCAUGUGUGCGUCAAAGUUGCCAUGCUUAGCCGCAUGUAA